AUGGCCGCUCUUCAAGGUAGCUGCAUGUGUGGCGAGAUCGCCUACGAGAGCUCAAGCGAGCCCAAGGUGACUGCUCUCUGCCACUGCCUCGACUGCCAGAAGUGGACUGGUGGGCCGUACACUUCCAACGCCGUGGUCCCCGAGGAAGCGUUCAAGGUUACCAAGGGAACCCCAAAGCACUACGACAUUACCGGUGCCUCGGGUAAGAACAAUCGCCACUUCUUCUGUGCCAACUGCGGCUCCAGCCUCUUCACCAAGCUCGACAUCAUGCCCGGAGUGGUUGUCAUCAAGGCCGGCGGGCUGGACAACGGGAAAGCCAGUCUCGACAAGAAGAUCGACGUCGAGUUUUACUGCAAGGACAGGGUCAGUUAUUUGGGUGGUAUUGACGGCGCCAAGCAGGAGCCUGCCUUUGUCAACAGGUCCUCCUACAAGAUCUUUUCUCUCAAGCUUUACGAAGAGCUAUGGAUUGGCUACGGGGACUUAACAGCGCUGGCAGAGAUGCCUGAGGAUGUAGCGCGCCCAUCCCGCCUGGCGAAUCUCAGGAUUCUCAACGUCGCUGCCGCCGACGCCGCGCGGAAGGACCUUUAUGGCGACGAGAGCAAAGAGGUCCAGAGCAGGGCCCUGGAGUCUCUGCUCAGGCAGGCAGCAGGUCUGCACACCUUCAGGUGGAAGGGCUCACUGAUGCCGACUCCCUUCAUACGGUCACUUUACGAGGCUUGCCCGCGCCUCCAAUCACUACUGAUAAGCGCGCACCAUGGCGAUGUCGAAAACGACGCGCCUCAAACUACGAGCAGAUCAAUAGGAAGAACCAGUCUGGCCUGGAGCUUCUCCAACCUCACCUCCUUCUCCUACCACCACGCACAGGGGCCAGCCGAGCGACCGCCGCAGAUCGUAAUUCACAUCUGCAAGACCUCUCCCCUGCUUACUCACCUCUCGCUCUCCGCCAACGAGAUCGUCAUGGACCAGGGCGCCCACGACCGUCUGCAGCACCUCUGCGUCCAGUACCAGCAGGCAGGAGGCACACCGCUAAAGCUCAAGUCGCUCGUCCUCGGCGAGUCCAUGUACCUCAGCAAGCCCUCGCCCGCGUUCCCGCAGCUCACCUCUGCAAGGCAGUACCUCUCCAUGCUGACGGACCCAUCCUACCUAGAGGCCCUGCGGAUCUGCACCGCGGGGCCCUUCCUCCACCUCAAGCGCGGCGUCAUUGCGACAAGGGACGUCGUCGGGCCCGAGGUGCUCCCCAGGCUCCGCCUGCUGGGCUUCAGCGAGUCCGACUUCGCCACACUCGCCUUCCUGAGCCGCGAGGUCGACAGGGCCUGGCUGUCGGGCCUGGCGCUCGCCGUCGACACGCACGGCCAGGAGCUCGUCGGCGUGCGGUUCAACCGGUCCUCCGUGCUGCUCGACCAGUUCGUGGGGCGGCGGCCGGACGGCUACAUCGCCGCCAACCACCGCGAGUGGUACCCGCUGGCCCCGGACGCGGCGGAGUGGCGCCUGCGGCCCCGCGGGCUGCUGCUGCCCGAGCUCGGCGCCCCGGAGGCCUGCUACCUGCCCCUGUUCGACUCGGUGCGCGUGCUGGCCUUCCGCGUGCUGGCCUACCGGGAGGACCUGUUCAGCGGGCUCGAGCCGUUCGCCGACGGCCUCCGCGGGAUGGAGGGCUUGGAGGCGGUGUGGAUCGCCCUGCUGGGGAUUCCCAGCGGCAAGGACGAGAGGGCCGUGUCGUUUGCGCGGCGCCUCGUCGCCGCGGCCCCGGAGGGAGUAGGAGAUAGUGGCUGUAGUCGUGGCAGGCUGAGGUAUAUCUGCCUCGACACUGCCGCGGGCGCGACUGCCUGGAGGAUACACUACAACGAAGGCGGGGAGGUGGUGAUGGAGGAGCUGGAUGAGGACGAGAACAGAGAUGCGAGGCCCCCCGAGUUCGACUGGAUCGCCAGGAAUCGGGAGGAGCAGAUGGAGGAGCACCCGUACUCCAACCUUGAGAGAUGGGGUCUGGUGCAACCUGCUGUAGUUGAAAGCGACUGA